UGGCAAUUUUCUAGUGGCGCUGCGUGGUGUCUGGGGUUGUAAACCUUUUGAAUAAUAACAUGGAUUUUUUCUUCGCAUUCUAAAUAGACGCCACGAAAUUUUUUCUUAAAAAGUAAACAGAACAGUUACGGAAAUUGUUCAGCAUGGAACACUCGGGAGUCCCUGGAAGGAAUCCCCUUGUGUACUGCCGUUUUUGUCUCUCCCAGUUAAAUCUAUUAACCGUGCUGGAUUCUGUGGAUACGAAGGAUCCUUCCUUGCAGCAGACUCUACAACGAUUGAAUAGUUUGACGAAAGUUAAUCUCGUUACCGAUGAUUUUCCCAGUGCAAUUUGUGGUGUUUGCGUUGCUCAACUGGAAGCAUUUCACGAGUUUCGGAGGAAUGUGCUACGCAAUCACAAUGCUGUUAGAUUGUUUCGACGCUCGAAUCGUGAUGAUUUCGAUGUCAAACCAGCGAAAAAGAAAGCUAAAGACGAAGAGCUGGAUGGAGUUUUAAUUGAUAUAAUUGACUACGACUCUCAGAUGGAAGCAAAGGAUAACGACAGUGAGUCUUUUCCGAUGACACACUCUAAGGAACAGGUGCAUGAAGUUAGAGACGUCGAUGCAUAUCACGUAGACGGCGCACUAAAAAAGCUUGUUGUCAGGAAAACCAGUCAAGUAGCGACUGGUGAAGCCAUUGGUGGGAAACGCGUGAAAAAUGGGAAUGUCAAAAACGCCGAUCCCAUAACUGUUAUAUCAUUUCGUGAUGCUUUCCCACCUCCAGCAGAAAAGCGUCCUCAAAUAUUGCCAACUCGAAACUCUUUCUUGGUAGUGACUUGUUCGCACUGCAAUGCAGUUUUCAGAAAUCGCGAAAACCUAAUUAUCCAUAUGAAAAAUGAUCAUGCUGACAAGAAUUUCCAGCAAAAAAUACCAUCCCCCAAAAUAAUGAUAACACCAACUAAACGCAGCCCACAAUCGAACACGGAUCAAAAUGUUCAACACAUGACACUGUUCAAAUGCCCCCAAUGCAAUAGUAGCUUUAUUCAGGAAGAUAAUUUUCAAGAGCAUAUGAAAUCAUGCAAGCUAACUGCUCUGGCUAAACUGGACAAAUCGCAAAUCACAAUCAAACGAACAAAAAAUAUACAGAAAAGGCGUUUGUUUCAAAACAAUCUACAAAGUGACCGAUUGCACUGCACUCACUGUUCGUCAACGUACAAAAGCAAACAUUUUCUGCAAAAACACUUGCUCGAGACGCAUAACAUAUCCUGCAGCGACGAAGUGUACUAUUGCGAAAUCUGUCAGCUGAAUUAUUCCUGCGCAGAGGAUCUAAAGCUACACAAUCAGGCGCUGCAUCCCCUGCAACAGUGCGGUAAAUGUGGUGAAGAUAUUAGCAGCUGUUUGCACUCGCAGCAAAGUACUCGUUCGGUGUUUUAUACCAAUAAAGUAAAAACAAAUUAGUCUGCAACAACGGAAUGAAACCAGAAAUACUUGUUCAUGCAUGUUUUACCUCAGCUGUAUAUAUCGAAAUUUUCCGAACAUACAAUCACUCCUGAAAUACGGCGUCUUUCUUGGUUGAAGAACAAACUAUGUUUCGAAUAAAAUAUUGUAUUAUUCUCAAAGCA